AAUACUAAGUCAAUAUUGUUUUGACAGGUUGGAGUGUUCGUCAGUGUGACGCGCGCCUCGGCGCCGCACGCGCACCUCGGAAGCGCAGCGGAAUUCCGGUGUUCUGACAAGUGAAGCUGCUUCCGCCUUCAGCCGCCUCUCCGCAGACAUGACGGCCACCCUGCGACCAUACCUCAAUGCGGUGCGUGCCACUCUGCAGGCCGCCCUCUGUCUGGAGAACUUCUCAUCACAAGUGGUGGAGAGACACAACAAGCCAGAAGUGGAAGUGAGGAGCAGUAAAGAGCUGCUCCUCCAGCCGGUGAUCAUCAGCCGGAACGACAAGGAGAAGGUUCUGAUCGAGGGCUCCAUCAACUCCGUCAGAGUCAGCAUCGCUGUGAAGCAGGCAGAUGAGAUUGAGAAGAUCCUGUGCCACAAAUUCAUGCGUUUCAUGAUGAUGAGAGCAGAGAACUUCUUCAUCCUCCGGAGGAAACCAGUGGAGGGCUAUGACAUCAGUUUCCUGAUCACCAACUUCCACACAGAGCAGAUGUACAAACAUAAACUGGUGGACUUUGUCAUUCACUUCAUGGAGGAAAUAGACAAAGAGAUCAGUGAGAUGAAGCUGUCUGUCAACGCCAGGGCUCGGAUCGUCGCCGAGGAGUUCCUCAAAAACUUCUGAAAGGGAAGAACACUUUCCUUUUGCGAUCUCCGCCAUCACUUUGGAGCGGACGCGUCACGGGGCAGAGACAAGAGAAACUGCCAAGAGAAGUUAAGAGAUAUAAGAUCUACAGUAAAGAUGAACUGGCCAAUGGGGUUUUAACCCUUUAACCUUAAAAUGCCCCUGUGCUCAAAAAUAUUGACAUUUGUAUAUAAUUAAUUACACAUUCAUUUCUGCCUGUAGAACAUCAGAACAAGUCUGGGCAGGUCCUUAAAAAGAAAUGUAAUCAGUAUUAAUGGGCACAGGGUGAAAUGGAAAUUAUUAUUUAAAGUUUUAUACAGGUACACACACACAUAUAAAUAUGCACAUUUCAUUUUGCAAUGUUUGUUACGACAUGAAGGCAAUCAACCAGUCCACAUUUCUUGAUUUAGUACACAGAAUAGACCCUAUUGUAGAUGCAUCAUUAAAAUGAAUAGACCUCCUGUCAGUAAUGAUGUAAUAAAAACAUUAUUCUUUGUA